AUGCCUGCCUCUGGCAACCGUGCUCGAGGCAACCGCCGAGAGCGAUCGAAUGAUGGCAGCUCCUCUGAGGUUCGCUCUAAGAGUCGCUCGAACAGGGAGGUCUCUAGCUCGCGGGACGCUAAGUUCGACCUCAUCCUCUCUGGGCUCCAAGGGUUGAGCCAACAAGUGGCGAACAGCUCCGCUGAAGUCUCGAAGCUCAAGACCCAGAUGGACCUGCAGCUAAUGCGCUGUGACCAGCUCACGACGAACAUGCAAACGAUGGGCAACGACAUCCACAGUCGCAUCACCCAUAUGGAGGGGAUCCACGCGGCAUGUACGACCGACCUGCGGGACUCCAUCGAGAAGAUGAAUGCCAGGGUCUGCGACUUGGAGAGCUCGCCGACGCCGAUUGCUGCCUCUGACUCCUCCUCUGCUGCUAGCUCUCACGUCCAGAAGAAGAUUGCGGACAUUGAGGAGAAAUUAUCUUUUCUGUCUUCGGCAGGCUCCACACGUUCUACGCGCGUUGAGAGCACUGUGCGCACGGAGCAGACGAAUGACAACCACACGAAGCUGAUCGUCCUUGGCUUCCCGCGUCGGAUGCUUGCCUCCACGCUCAAGGCCAUAGGGGAGGCGAUCCGCACCAAGUACUCGCCCUCGGCUUCUCACGCUCGCAUCGUGAUCAAAGCUUUUGAUCUUACUCGUAAGAUUUCUCUCCACUUCGAGACUGCGACGGAGGCGAGCGACUUCCUCCUGCGGUUCGAAGCUGAUGGCAAAUUUGAGUUUCCUGACCCACUGGGUCAACAGCCGUUCUCACUUCGCCUUCGUCGCGAUGUAGAUGCUCGCUUUCGCCAACUUUUCCUCAGCAUGGGCAGGGUGAGGCACGAGAUGACGCAGCUCUUGCGUCCUAGGGGAUACGACGUCAACAGCAAUGGCGUCGGCGGCAGCAUCUACGUUCUUCGUGCCAAAGAUGACCCCGUCGUGCUUGCUUCUCUCCGGCUGGUCUCGGACGAUGCCUCCGUCGAGCUGGACCUAGACAUGACAGCCCUGGAGGAGUUUGGCAUUCACCAGCACGCUGAGGCUUUCCGCUCUGCCGCCGCGGCCGCUGGCAUGCUCGCGGUCAUCGCCCCCUUUUGGGUGCCGCUGCACAGCGCAGUGGCGAAGGGAGUGUGGCUCCUAAUGCUGCACCAGUCCUGGCCCUCGCGCCAGUCUGCAGUGCUCAAGCUGGAGUCGGCGCGGUUGUACGGCAAUAUCGCGUCUUACGCCUACUACUACGUCGACCUGACAAUAGGCACGCCGGCCCAGCGGGUGUCGGUGAUCCUGGAUACCGGGAGCGGGCUGCUCGCCUUCCCGUGCAAGGGCUGCCCGCACUGCGGCAAGCACAUCGACCCCCUCUUCGACAUCUCGAAGAGCGGGACCGCGAAGUGGAUCCCGUGCGGGUCGAAAGGCGGCGCCGGGAAGGCGGCGUGCCGCGGCGGCUGCUCGUCGGGCCACUGCACCUACCGGCAGUCCUACCUGGAAGGCUCGUCCAUCUCCGGGUACUGGUUCGAGGACGUCGUCCGCUUGGGUGACACGAUACAGCACAAUCCCAUCCGCGCGCCGAUGGGCUGCCACCAGAACGAGAACAAGCUGUUCUACACGCAGAAGGCCAACGGCAUCUUCGGCAUCCAAGGCAAGACGACCCUGCUGAACGACCUCUUCGGGGACUCGAGCCACGUGGACAGCCGGGUCUUCUCCAUCUGCCUCGCGGAGGAGGGCGGGCGCCUCACCGUAGGCGGCUCCAACAAGACAUACCACACCGGCCAGAUCGGGUACACCAACCAGAUCGGCAGCGGCUACGGGGUGAACCUGAAGAUGGUCACGAUCAAUGGCGCCGUGAUCACCGGCUUCAGCACAAUGAUCGACAGCGGGACCACCUAUACCUUCUUUAACAAGAACCAGUACAAGGAGAUCAGGAAGUACGUGGAGAGCGCCUGCAGCAGCGGCCCGAGCAGCGCCACGAUUUUCGCCAACGCGUGCGAGCGGUACCACAGCGGCUCAGCGUACCGCGCUCGGGUGCGCUGCGCGGGGCUGCGGUGGAGUGGCAACGACGGUUGCAAGGCCACCAAGAGCCGCACCGAGUGCUGGACCGUGCGCGAGGGCCUCUCGUACUUCCCGUCGAUGGACCGAGUUUCAGUUCACUGGCGUGAAGGUGAUGUGGCAUCCAGUCGAGUACUUGUACAAGACGACCGGCGCGAACACUUACUGCUACGCGUUCAAGGACGACGGCUCGAGGACGAUGACCACCUUGGGAGCAACUUGGACCCUCGGAUGCUCUACAAGGAAGUGAUAUUUGACCUCGCCUCAAAGCGGAUCGGCAUGGUGCCGGCCGCAUGCCCCGAGUACAAGGUCCGCCCGGCCCACACGGUGGACCCGCCUGGCACAGUUCCGGAGGAGGGGCGGCUGCGCCGCCAGCCCAGCAGUCCGCGUCGGCCGCCGCGCCCGUGCCGGCGCCCGCGCCCUCGGAGCUGCCGCGGGCGCGCCCCUGGGCGGGCCAGGAAGACACCCGAGGGCAACGGCACGGCCGCCAAGAAGCGGUCGAAGUGGACGGUGAGCCAGCAGAAGGGGACGAUCCUCGCCGGCUUCCUCGCCGUGGGCAUCCUGUGUGGGCUGCCCCUGGCCCUGCUCGCCUGCACGGAUGGGCGGCCAAGCGAGAGAGCGCCUCCGAGCACGAGCGCGAGGGCAUGA